AUGCGGCCGCUCACGGAGGCGGAGACGCGCGCGGUGUUCGAGAAGCUCGGGAAAUACAUCGGCGAGAACAUCCAGCUGCUGGUGGAGCGGCCGGACGGCACCUACUGCUUCCGCCUGCACCGCGACCGCGUCUACUACGCGAGCGAGAAGCUGCUCAAGGCRGCCGCCAGCGUCCCGCGCGAGAGCCUCGUGGCGCUCGGCACCUGCUUCGGCAAGUUCACCAAGACACAGAAGUUCCGCCUCAGCGUCACCGCCCUCGACUUCCUCGCGCCCUACGCCAAGCACAAGGUGUGGGUGAAGCCGGGCUCCGAGCAGUCCUUCCUCUACGGCAACCACGUGCUGAAGUCGGGCCUGGGCCGCAUCACGGAGAACACGGCGCAGUACCAGGGCGUCGUGGUCUACUCCAUGGCCGACGUGCCGCUGGGCUUCGGCGUGGCGGCCAAGUCCACGCAGGACUGCAGGAAGGUCGACCCCAUGGCCAUCGUGGUGUUCCACCAGGCCGACGUGGGCGAGUACGUGCGCAGCGAGGACACGCUCACCUAGGGCAGCGCCGCGCGGGGCCGGCCCRGACGCGGGGCCGGACUCUGGGACUGGCCCUGCGAGCACAGCCCGGCGCUCCCCGCCACCGCGGCCCUCUUUGCAUAAAACCCUU